GAAUGCGGCGCGAGGCGCGGCGGUUGGCCGGGGGCUCGCGAUGGCGAAACGGGAGGCCCGCGAGGCGCCGACCUGCCACCGCUUCUCCUACCUCUGCCUCAAGUUCACCCUCGUCACCUACUCCACCUGCUUCUGGCUGAUCGGCGGCCUUAUCCUGUGCAUUGGCAUAUAUGCAGAGAUUGAAAGACAGAAGUACAAGACGUUGGAAGGUGCCUUUCUGGCCCCCGCUAUAAUCCUGAUCUUGCUGGGGGUGCUGAUGUUCAUCGUCUCCUUCAUUGGCGUCCUUGCAUCUCUGAGGGAUAACUUGUCUCUUCUUAGAGUGUUUCUCUACACGCUUGCAAUUGUGCUGAUGCUGGAGUUGCUGGGUGCGAUUGUGGCACUGAUCUUUCGGAACAAGACGCUAGACUUUUUGAACGACAACAUUCGUAAAGGCAUAAAGAAUUAUUAUGAUGACUUGGACUUCAAAAACAUCAUGGAUUUCGUCCAAGAGCAGUUUAAAUGCUGUGGUGGUGAAGAUUAUUUGGACUGGAAGAAGAAUCAGUAUCACAGUUGUGAUGGACUAACUUCUGGUCCGUUGGCAUGCGGUGUCCCUUACACAUGCUGUAUCCGCAACAAGACCGAAGUUGCCAAUACACUGUGCGGCUUCGAAACUCUUAAUAAACUGCGUCUGAGUCUGGUCAACACCAUUUAUAUCCGUGGGUGCACAAAUGCUGUGCUGCUCUGGUUCAUGGAUCACUAUACUGCCAUGGCUGGCCUUCUGCUGGGUAUAAUAGUACCACAGUUUUUUGGUGUGUUUCUAACCUGGCUGUACAUCUCUCGUGUGGAAGACAUGAUCCUUGAGAACGACCAGGUUGACUUUCGGAGCAUGCUCGAUCCGCCCAGCGACAUGAAGUGUGAAGGUGGCAGCAAGAAAGGGCCAGGGUGUUGUUGGUGCCUCCCAGACCUUGAUGCCUGACAUUGUAGAUUAGUAGUGUAUAUUUUGUGGGGUAUAGAAUGAGCGCAACCCCGAUCUGCAAGUGUCUUACACUGCGGCACUUCAGUCAGGACGUCGAGAUGCCAAUAUGUACCAUUUGAGGGAAAUGCAUUAUUUUACGAUAUAAUUCAAACACAUAACAUUGGGCUUCAGCACACCCAUUUCUUUCCCAUCAGUGUUUACCCCACGGUCAGUGUUUUGUAGAAGCACACGUACAUUUUCAACGCUCACGUCAGUCUAUGGGAUCUAACAUGCAGGUGAGAAUUGCAGUCUAUGUGCAGCUUAGAAUAUUGUCAGCAAGUGGGAUAUGUUAGACCCCUGCUUUUCCGUUCCUAUUCGUGAUAGCCGCUUCACCUGCCCACUCGCCACUGCCCUCCAGACACUUAUCAAAGAGGCAAUGAAAGAUGCCUAUCUUUUGGACCGUUCCUACAGUCCUGGUGACCUGCUGAGGUAGUCUCGAUGUGUUAGCCCUAAUAGAUAUCUACCAUCCCUCUGCAUGCUAACCUCACUCCAUUGAGCAAGGAUUAUACAGUUUUCUCAUGCAUACUGUUAAUCCUUUGCCUCACAUUAGAAUUUAACAGCUGCAAACUGAUAAACUACUGACCUUUUUGGGUGUAAUUACAAUAUGUGUGUCUUAAGAACUGCUAAGUGUUUAUUAAUUAUGACUACUGAUCAUUACCGAUGAGGAGAAAGAGACCUAGAGUUUGCAGCAUACUGUGAGUACAUAGAAUUUGAGAGACUGUACAGUACUGAAACAGGCUGUUCAGUCCAACUGCUGGUGUUUCUGCUCCACAUGAGCCUGUGUGCCCUUUCUAAUUACCCCUACUUUCCCACCUCCCCUAAAUCACUCUUUUACCUUCUUCGUUGUACAAGAUGAAUCAUAGAUUUAAAGUUUGGAAUCAUUUCCGGUUUAACUUCUCACUUUGAAAGUAAUUGGGUUGAGGUUAAUGCUGAUUUGUUUGUGAUAAUGUAUGCCUUUUUAAUAGAGAACGGUUUUACAUAAUUUAAUAUACACAUCUCUAUUACUGUACAGGGUGUUCGCGAAGUCCUGUAAUCCCCAUGAUUUUUUCUAGAGUGCAUUGGCCAACAAUGGAAACGUGUAGAAGAAUGAUGAUAAUUGUAUUUAACAGGAAUUAGUGAACACCCUGUAAAGCUGGGCUUUUAAUAAUCGCCUUUUUGAAUUUCCUAAGUGCAGUGCAGCUUUGUUCUAACACGUGUCAGUGUACACUACAGUAACACAGCAGGCCACGACGUCAGCCGGUGACCCUGUUGUGAAUGCGAGCAGGAGGGGCUGCCUAGUGUUUGUUGUAGAAGCGCAGAGCGGACAGCUCUGUACCAGCCUGGCUACCUUCUGCCUGGCUUCCUGAUCCACAGCCACACAGGCGACAAGUGAGCACGUGAAGUUGUAGCAAGCGAUAUAACACACCAUCAAUGACGCGGUUGCACUUUAUAACAAUGCUGCAUUGUGCAAUGGAGUUUGCUAUUAGGAUGGGCUAAAUGGGGUUUACUUUCAUUUUUGUUUACAGUGUUUUGUGAUUGAUAUAAUUAGAAAUGUAAAAAUGUUUCUAUGGUUAUGUAAAAGGUGUAGCACUUAAUGAGGAACUAAUAUAUUUUACUGAUUUCGUGAAGGGUUAACCACUUCUGCUCCUCAAUCUGAAUCAAAGGAGGAUCUGUUUCGGCCAGUCUCAGCCUUACUGUGAAGAAGCAAUCCUGCCCCAUUAAACUGGCCAAACGUAGCAUCAAAUAGUCUUACCCAAUGAUUGGCACUCCUAGUGAUAGGCCUUGAUGUGGCAGGACUGGACUUCUGAGCUGGCAGGUUAGCAGGUCAGUUGACCAGUGAAGGGAGCGGAAUUCUUUUAGCAGGUGAGGUUAGAGUUAAAGUUAUACAGCAGGGAAAUGGGCCAUUUGGCCCAACUAGUCUGUGCCAGCACACAAACUAUGGAAGAAAGCACCUCUUUGAAGCUGGGAUCUUCUGUUUACCAAGCAGAGGCUUUUGCCUCUAAGCCACGAUACCCACACAGAGAAGAUGGCGCUUGUGGUGUUGCUAGCAGGACAUUGGCACAAGUCAAGUGGCCUUCUCUUGGUUUGAGAUUUCUCUGGGUGCCAUCUCACUGUGAGAAGACGUGUGCCUCCUUGCCUUAAUGAGUGCAGUUACUACUUAGUAUCUAACGGGUUGAUUCUGUUCACGUUAUUUGUGAACGGGAAUUCUGAAUUUGAAUUCAGUCCAUUUUCAGAUGUUUCCACAAAUGCCUUUUUGAGCUGCUCUGUCAGACGAGAUGGUAAAGGUUACAGCAGUGGGUGCCCAGUGAGACUCACAGCUUCCUAUCCCACCAGUCUGAGCUACUGAUCUCAGCCGAGACAGGAGUCGGAACAUGCAAUAGUCCUCAAACCCACUGGGAGAAGAAGGGGAAAACCAGCUAAGAUUGCUGCUUCUGAUCAACAACAACAACUUGCAUUUACAUAGCGUCCCUCACACAGGGUAGCAUCUCAGAGCGCUUGACAGUGACAGAGCAUGACUUUGAGGAGGAAGGUCUUCAGGCGCAAUCUGGAGAUGGGGAAGGACAGGGCAAGGCAGAGGGAUUGAAGGAGAGAGUUCCAGAGUUUAUCACAAUCCAUACUCCUGCUAGAAGGUGCACAUGUGGACAUGGGGUGAGCACAGGAUCAGCUAUUCUCUAUUUUCUCACUGUUCCAGUAGAACAGUUAACAAUUAAGCAGGAAGCUCCUUAGUUCUCUCUCUCUCUCUUGUCCCUCUGCCUUUUUCUCAUUGCCUUUCUGUUUUUCUCUGGGUCUACCACUGUCUUGACGGUUGUCAAUGCCUUCCUCUUUCUGACUUCCUCUCCCUCAGUCUCCCUUUCUGACACUAACCAUACCUGUACAAACUACUGUAUAAAUCCUUUGGGGAGCUUAAUCUUCACACAACCAGGGGGAGAUCCUGUUCUGCACAUUUAGCUGAUCACAGCGACUUUUACCAACCGUGCAUUUGUGACAACUUCACUGGUGCACACUACAGGAUUUUUAUUUGCUGAUGUCUCACAGCCCUCAAUCCAUGUCCACAUAACAGCACAGUGCAGGUAAAACACACGUGGGGGAAUUGGCAUGUGGAUAACCAGCAUUUCUAUUGGAGAUUUCAUUGAUUACUGUACUUAGGCAUCACAUCAAAAUAAGACCAGACGAGUCCACACUCCGCUAGGAUGUUUAAAGGGAUUUGAGUGUUUUAUUUCCUACCUUUCUGUAUUUUUUAAUAUUUUUUUCUGCUAACUCCAUAACAACCUGUCCACUCCCUCCGCUCAGCGGGCUCUGGCCUGCUCUAUGUUCCUGACAACC